AUGGCAUCCGCAGAUGUUCAGGACCCUCAAGUUUUCAGCCACUUCUUAAAGCAUCUCGAUGAUUAUGAGCAACAUUCCACCCCAGUGGCUUCUUUAUACAAGGCACCCAAGGCACCCUACGAGACUCUCAACCUCACUUCCACAUUCAAUUAUUUCAAAGACAACGAAGAUGGAUCUCCUCCCGCCCCAAACUAUGUUGUCGUGAAUCAUGAAAGUAAAGAGAAGGAUUUUAUUGAUGACGACCAGAUCCAGAAAGUCUAUUAUCCUGAAGUCGAGAAAUUGUUGAAGUCGGCUACCGGCGCUUCAAAGAUCUUCAUCUUCGAUCAUACUCUCCGCCGGGAAUCACAUGACCAACGCAGCCAAACCGAGCCCAACGAGAAGAAGCCCAUUCUCUUGCGUGUCGGCCCGGAAAGAGUGACACACCGUCUCCCCGCCGAAGCAGAAACUCUCCUUCGCGGACGUUACCAAAUCAUCAACUUGCCGAAGCCAAGUCGGUUCUUGAUGAAGAGCUCAUUCCCCUUAAGCUUAUUUAUCCUGAUCGUGAGGGAGAAACGUAUUCGUGUUUUUGACUCUAAGACUGAGGGGAGGGCAAAGAGUGCACCGCAUAGUGCUUUUAUUGAUGAGGAACGUGUGGGUGAGGCCUCGAGGGAGAGUAUUGAGGUGCGAGCUUUGGUUUUCCAUCCAGACGAUACUGAGUGA